ACGGAUGCUUCUUUUCGAUGCUCGAUGCUUAACAGUAUCAUUUCAACUAACUGCUAUAUAAUCCUUUGCCGAACAGAACAAUGGCAUCGACAAGUUCAUCAACAUACCUAAAACCACCCCCAUCAGCAUCCACUUCCACCCAACGACAACGCGUCUCCUCAUCCUCAGCAUCAGGUCCAGCUCCUCCACCCCGUGCCCCUGUCUCUGUACACUCGACAACUACCGUCUCCGAAACCACGGCUUUCCAUGGCACGUACCCCAUAACAAUCGGGUCGGGCACCGUCAUCCACCCUCGCGUGAGAAUCCAGGCUUUCGAAGGACCCGUACAAAUCGGGGAUGGCUGCAUCAUUGGCGAAAAGACUAUAAUCGGCGAUAUCAAGGAGUCAACGAGCGCGCCCACUUCAACAUCAGAUGGAAUAUUAACGCGAAUAUCAUCCUCAGUGGUCAUAGGACCCCAAACCACAAUCCGUACAGGAGCAUACAUCCGUUCCGCCGCCGUGGUCGAUUCAUUAGCAACUAUAAACCGCCACGCGACCAUUGGCUCGCAUAGCAAGAUUUGUUCUCAAUGUGAAAUCUCAGAGGGGACUGUCGUGGAGGAUUGGAUGGUUAUCUGGGCUGCUGGGACAGGUAGCAUUGGACAGAGAAAAAGGCGACGGUUCGUCGGUCCAGCUGCAGAGGAGCAUGGUGGACAUCGGCCGAAUGCGAAACGAAUCGAGGAUGCGAGAUUAUUGGUAUUGCAUAAGGAGCGUGAAGGGCUUGCGAAGAUGAUUAGUUUAUCUACUAGUGGGGGCAGUAAACGAAGUGCAACCCCGAACAACGCCCACAUACCCUAUGUGUAA